UUGGUUUGCCUUUACCAAUAAAACCUCCUGUAGCCUCAUUCCUGCUUCUGCCUCUCUCAUUCUGCGACUGGCCCUCUGGUUUGCGACACAGCCCCCCCAGCAGGAGCUAAGGUCUUACAGAGAUCACCGAUGCAAUACUGAAACAUUGUUGGGAGGCAGCUUUCAAGAUGAGCCCAAAUGAAGGAUCGUCGGCAGUAAAGAAGGAGUUUCCUAACAAAUCGCUGCUAUUGGCUGUGUUUGCCGCAGGUGUUGGGGGAACUUUUCAAUAUGGAUAUAACAUAUCAGUCAUCAAUGCUCCCACAUCGCAUGUUCAAGGCUUCAUCAACAGCUCCUGGAUUGAGCGCUACGAGACAGGAAUAUCCAAAGAUGCCCUGACCCUCCUCUGGUCCACCAUUGUGUCUAUUUUCACCAUAGGUGGACUUGUGGGAGUAUCUAUUGGCGGAACAUUGUCUGUGAAGCUGGGGAGGAAAAAGACACUGUUGACAAAUAAUAUAUUUGCAUUAUUGGCUGCUCUGCUGAUGGGCCUGAGCUCUACUGCUGGCUUGUUUGAACUGAUCAUCGCUGGAAGACUGAUGAGUGGAAUAAAUGCAGGCAUUGCCCUAAGCGUUCAGCCUCUGUAUUUGGGAGAAAUAGCUCCAACUGCCUUGCGCGGUGCCAUGGGAAUGGGAACUUCAAUUUUCAUCACUGGUGGGAUCUUAACCGGACAAGUGAUGGGCCUCAAAGAACUCCUAGGAGAAGAACAGUACUGGCCGAUUCUGCUCGCCACCACUUGUAUACCAGCAUUUCUCCAGCUCCUGAUCCUGCCCUGGUUCCCAGAGAGCCCACGCUACCUCCUUAUUGAUAAAGGAGAUUAUGAAGGAUGUAAAAAAGCCUUGAGGCAGCUGCAUGGUUUAGCCAACUCUGAUGGUGCUCUGGAGGAUAUCCAGAAAGAAAAGGAUAAUUUAGUUGGUUUCCAGGCAAAGAAACCCUGGGAGCUCUUUGCUGAUCGCAGUUUACGCUGGCAGGUUCUCACCAUCAUCCUUCUCAACUGUGCACAGCAGCUGAACGGCAUCAAUGCUAUCUAUUUUUAUGCUGGCUAUGUGUUUAAACAAACUGGUAUUCCGGCUGACAAAAUACCGUAUGCAACUGUUGGCACAGGUGCCUGUGAAUGCAUCACUGCUUUAACAUGUGGUAUGCUCAUUGAAUAUUUAGGAAGGAAAGUGCUCAUCACAGGAGGAUACAUACUAAUGAGCAUCUGCUGCAUUUUAUUCACGCUGACGCUCACUUUUCAGGAUGUCAGCCCAGUUUUCCCAUACUUGAGCAUGGCGUGUGUUUUUGCUUUCAUCUUGAGCUUUGGUUUGGGGCCAGGGGGCGUGACAAACAUCUUAACCACUGAGCUGUUCACGCAAACUGCCCGCCCUGCAGCCUUCAUGAUUGCAGGCUCAGUGAAUUGGCUCAGCUUCUUCUUCAUUGGCUUGGUCUUCCCAUUUAUUGUGCUCGGGCUGGGGCAGUACUGUUUCCUGGUCUUCUUGGUUGUUUGCUCUUUGGUGGUAAUCUACAUUUUGCUCGUGCUUCCUGAAACCAAGAACAAAAGCUUCAUGGAAAUCCAGAACGAGUUCCAGCCCCCAAACAAAAGAAAACUCACUUCUGAUGGAGCAGGGACAGUGCUAUUAUCAACGUCCAUAUGAAAUGUGCCAGUGUGGAGUUUACAAUGUCAAGGGCCUUAUCUCUUACUGUAUUUAUGGGAAUUUAUUGUCUACAAAUCACACAAUAUAACAGCAGAAUCAUAAUGAACUAUACCGUGUACCAACAUGCUGUCAGUGAUGCGCUGUGUAGUUGUAGUUGCAAGUCUUUUAUCUACAAACAUACAUAUGAAGUUAACACAUAAAAUCUGGGCAUAUAUUGUAAAUAUUGCUUUGUACUACCUCUAUAAACGUAUCUGCCAUGACAUUAAGACCACCUGACUAAUAAGCCUUCCUCGUGUAUAGCAGCUCUGAGCGUUGAGGCUGCACUGUUUUCAUUGCUUAGUGGUGUUUCCAGGAGGCAGCCUCCGCAGGACAGUGGUAUUCUGGGGGGGGUUGCCAUUCUUCGAAAACAUAGUGGGUGGUACCAACUGUCAAAGUAACGCCCAUGUGAAUGCCAGGAUGUUUGUCAAGCAGAACAAUCAAAAAGGUGGAACGCGACUGUCGGUGGUUUUAGUAUUAUGACUGAUCAGGUGCUGAAAUUUUUCACUGAAGAUUAGUUGAUGAAAUAUGUUUUUUAAUUGAUUUAAACAAGUUCAGAGUAAACUUUUGCAUACCUCCGGGUCUCACCGACCUUUUAAUUUUCCGGCCCUUCAGAGUCGCAUGUGAUCUGAAGGACAAAGGGUUCUUUCGUUGACUAUAUUUAGAGGAAAGGAGCAUGCAUUUGAGUAUUUAGAGUGAGUAAGAGAGAAGUAGAACUGUUAACAUGGAUAUACAUAUAAAGUACAUCAUGAAAGAAUAAUGUUGG